AUGUCUCAACUCUUGAUUCACAGGCCAUACGUCAAGGAGCCAGUCGACAGCGCAGCCCAUCAGUUGUCACUGCGGACCAUGUCCAUCGCGGCGAGCGCCAUGGUUCGCCUUCUGCGUAGGUACGAGAAGUUGGACUCGUACGAAAAGGUGCCGCCCUUUGUUGUCCACAACGUGCUGUCAGCGGCAGUCACGCUUUUGUUGAUGGCUACUGCCAAGCAAUCAAGCCUGCGGAACCGAUCAAUGAGUCGGUUCCGUGGCAUCCUCAUUCUGCGUCAGCUGGCCCAGCGCUGGCGCGUCUCCAUCGCGCUGCCCAUGCACCAAAGCUUCCCUCUCGCACCACAACCAGGCCCAGAACCUCCUGCGACGACUGCUGAAGAUGACCCGACAGAAACCACGUACACAUACAGAAGCCCCGAAAAAGACGCAGGUCCAGCGGCGGAACCGCUAAUGGCCGAGAAGUUGGAUGCCAUGGAGGCCGCCUCGGCUUGGCAGAGGAUUGGUCAUGUGGAUUUCAUCGACUAUAGCCAAAUGGACCUCUGGGCUUUACAAUAUAUCAGAGACUAA